CGCGGGUCUGCACUCCGGCACCGUACCGUAGAUGCACAGGCCUCUGAAAUCCAAAUCUUGACCUCCCACACGAAGGUCUAGCCAUCAUUGCUCUACGACGAUGAACCGCAAGCGAGACCUGGACGCGUUCCACAAGGGACAGCAAAAUACCCAUGGUUCUGCCAAGGACCAAGAGGAGGUUCCCAAUGGUCGGCCCAAGAAGGUGUCCAAGAUCGUCAAGACCGAACCCACAGACAAUCGCAACGGAAGUGCACGGAGCCUGAAAGUAAAAGAGUAUGUUGGUCCGAAACAAAGGGGAAUACACUUAGCCUUUUCCCUGGAACAACCUCGGCAUGUGAAGUCUCCGGGGGGUGCUGCAUGUGCCAACUGCGGAGGGGAUGACCAUACGGCAUCCCGUUGUAUCGGCCCAUGGGAUCCGGUUAGCGGGACGAUCAAAGUCUGCGUGCUGUGCAACGAUGCUUCACACGGGCUGGACGACUGUCCAAUCCUUGUGAAGCGCACCCCGUCAGACAAAAGAUUCGUCUUGAGCAGAUAUCUGAUCCUCUACCGUGGCGGGCGUGCUCCCAUCGAGUCGAGUGUCUGCUGGGUCGACUUGCUAAGCUCUACAGAGUUCGAAGAAAUGUUGCCCAGGCGUUCCCCAAAGGAGGGAUCCUUCCUCUAUCCUUGGACAAGAGAGUUUGCUAUCAGUCAGCACAAGAACCAACCCUGGAAGUACUACCAAUAUGUCAAUGACUGUCACGGAACUUGGACAUGGUGGUCCGAGGACCCCAAGACCAACUCGGAAGCUGUAGUUCAGAAGAACCUCGAGUCACUCAAGAAGACUGAGUCCUUGUCAGGUUUGAAAGCAAUGGCCUGUCAAAAGAUGAUGGAGAGCGAGUCAGAGAGGGAGUGGGAGUUGACUGCAGCCGGCCUGAAGGCGUGGCCUGACAUCUUGGCGAUUGCUCCAAAGUUGAAGGCUUAUGUUGAGGAGGAAGACAAUUGAGGAUAGGAGAGGUCCUGACAUUUGUAGCCAUACCCGUAUGUGCGCCAAGUUUUUUAACCGGAAGGCGAGGGUCUUUUCACUAGGAUUUGACGAGCAUUUUAGCAGGAGAUGUAUUGUAAGUAUGAC